UUUCUGCUCCUACCAAGCCCUUUACUGAAAGGCUGUUGUUACAGGAAAUAACUUCCUUUUCCCCGCCUCUAUCCUGAUAUCACAGUCUUCAGAAAAAGAGGAUCUGCGUCUGCAAAUCAGAAUAAAAAUAAUCAGGCAGGGCUGCAUGGUGUAGUGUGUGUUGCCUUAGCUGGGUGUGUGGAGUCACGCGCUGCCUCCUUGGUGUCUGGGAGCCACUACACCAGGCCGUCUCUCCCUGUUGUCUUCCAGAAACAACUUUCGGUCUAAGAGAUGUCCCACUCCAGCCUGCACCCAUCUAUCCCGAGGCCCAGGGGUCACAGGGCCGAGAUGGCAGCCUCUGUCCUGCUGAUUGUCUGCCUGGCAGCCCUUUGGGUAUUGGGGGAGCCAUCGGAAUACAUGCUCUGGUGUCUGGGGCUCCACCUGGCUUCCCUGCAGCUGAAACUGCUGUUCAAGAGGGUCUGCUAUCUGGCCGAGGAGCUGUGCCACAUCCACUCCAGGUACCAGGGUAACUACUGGAGGGCUGUUCGGGCCUGCCUAGGCUGCCCCAUCCACUACGGGGUAUUGCUGCUGCUGUCUUGCUAUUUCUACACUACCCUCCCAAACACAGUUGACUCGCCCCUCACUUGGAUGCUUGCCCAACUGGGCCUCUCGGAGGCACUGAGCAUUCUUCUGGGCCUCCAGGCCUUGACCCCAGCUGAGGUCUCUACAAUCUGUGAACAAAAGAACUUCAACGUGGCCCAUGGGCUGGCAUGGUCAUAUUAUAUCGGGUAUCUGCGGCUGAUCCUGCCAGGGCUCCGGGCCCGGAUCCAUACUUACAAUCAGCUCCACAGCAACACACUACGGGGUGUGGGGAGCCAUCGGCUGUACAUCCUCUUCCCGUUGGACUGUGGGGUGCUUGACGACCUGAGUGCGGCUGACCCCAACAUUCGCUUCCUGGAUGAGCUGCCCCGGCAAAGCGCUGACCGUGCUGGCAUCAAGAGCCGGGUUUACACCAACAGCAUCUAUGAGCUUCUGGAGAAAGGGAAGCCGGUGGGCACCUGCGUCCUGGAGUAUGCCACUCCCUUGCAGACCCUGUUUGCCAUGUCACAGGAUGGCCGAGCUGGCUUUAGCCAGGAGGAUCGGCUUGAGCAAGCUAAACUCUUCUGCCGGACGCUUGAGGAUAUCCUGGCAGAUGCCCCUGAGUUUCAGAAAAGCUGUCGCCUCAUUGUCUACCAGGAACCUACAGAGGAAAGCGACUUCUCCCUGUCACAGGAGAUCCUCAAGCACCUGAGGCAGGAGGAAAAAGAGGAGGUUACUGUGGGUACUGUCUCCUCCACGCUGCACCAAGAGCCUGUCUCCUCCACGCUGCACCAAGAGCCCGAGCUCCUCAUCAGUGGCAUGGAUCAGCCUCUCCCACUCCGCACAGAUAUCUUCUGAGCCCCAGGGUUACCUUGCCUGAGCCCCCAGCAAUCCCUAAGACUCUGGGUUGGGGGCUUUAUUUAGCAGCUGGACGCCCAGCAGAACCAUUUCCUCCCCUAGGAGACCUCUGAAAGAAAGUCCUUGGACUAGACAUUGGGCAAGUUGUUUCACUUCUCUGAGCCUCAAUAUCCUUACUUAUGAAACGGAUCAUAAUCAUCACCCUACCUACCUCACAGGGUUGUUGUGGGGAUCGUGACUGUAUGGGAGUUUCCUAUAAACUAUAAA